AUGGAACUCAAUAUUUGCUUGUAUUGCGAAAAGCGUCUACUCGAUGAUUCGCUGUCAUUCUGCUCAACGACUUGUCAAGCCAAAGAAGCUGCCAAGGCACCCGACACUGAGCUAUUGUUCAGCAAUAUCACCCACCAUCAUUCGCAUCGUUUUCGACACUCCUCGGCAAAUAUGAUCUGUCAUAGCCCACCACUAUCACGGAUCUCAUCCACUUCUUCCUCAACAGUCUCCUCAACGGAUGAUGGAUCUUCCAUCUUUCUUCCAUCCGAUGACAAGCAUGUAAUCUAA